AUGGACGCUCUCUCUCUGCCUGGCUCGACUCCUUCUAGUCCCCUCACUACUACCUCCGACUUGUCAGACGACGACUACUGGCAACCCUCUCCAAAGCGGAAACGCAUAGCAAACGCCGUCGCAGCACCACCAAAACCAAAGCCUCGCAGAGCAAAAUGUAUCCGCGCCAGAAGGGUCAUCCGUGAUCAUACCCCUACUGACAGUAGUGCUGGGCCAUCCGCUUCGUCCUCCCGGGCUGUAAGUCGACAGCGAUCUCUCGCUCUUGACGAACCGAUAUACCGUUCAUCAAGUUCGCGUUCGAGUUCUACGUUCCGAAUUCCACAUGACCCAGGAGAAAAGGCUGACUGGGUUUGGUGGACGGAUGAUGACGGGAGGCCAGGACCUGACCUUGUCAGUGCAGCUGUCGUCGUGCGCCAACUCGUUAAAUCAUACAAAAGCUAUUUCAAUAACCCACAAGACCCAGACGACAAAUCUUUCGAGGUCGAGGCCAUGCCAUCUACCGAGCUAGAAUAUCCCAACAACCAUUCUUGCGAAACAUUUAUAUUAUUGGUACCUAAGGACCCGGAUCACUACAGCCCCAUUAUGUGCUUGGUAGACUCACUGUACACUAUCAUUGAAUGUUAUCUUACCCCACCGCAGAAAGCGUUGUUUGGAACAUUGCCUACGGACCUUCCCACAGAUCACACACCACCACCUUCUCCCCCGAUUUCCUCCAUUGCUGAUCUAUCUGGAGACAUUUCAAAUUCCUCCCACAUCUUAGAGAACACAGCUCAGCCCAAUUACCUGCGCACCCUUCAACGUGCUAUCCGACGACGAGAUGGACCCCUGUUCCUUCACACGAUGGACACCAUUAAUUUUCUUCUGCGCUCGCUGAAGUAUCCACCCCUUCCAGCCGAUGUAUUUGAACCUGCACUUCCGAAUCAGCUUCUAACUUACGCACGUGAAUGCUGGAUACAGCCAUCUCAUCGAGGCAUCCCAAAACGAGUUCUACUACGUAUUAUCGAGGAGACAUAUCAACGUAUCGUUGGCCCUAACAUCGGACAACUGAGUCGAUACUCGGCAUUCACGAGUGAAGUUUACGGAGAGUUAAUGCCCUCUUUCACCGACAAAAUCAUUGCACAGACCGGCUUGCAUGCAGGCUCACUUCUAGUUGACCUUGGGUCCGGUGUCGGCAAUGUGUUGCUACACGCAGCGCUUGCUACAGGGUGUUCAGCGUUCGGCAUAGAGUUCAUGGCGGGCCCAGCGGCCCUUGCUCGGCAACAGCUCCAGCAACUUCGUACACGCAGCCGUAUGUGGGGGUUAAGUAUGGGUAAUAUCGAACUAGAGGAAGGGGACAUGUUGACGAGUAGUCGUGUUGAUGCGCUCCUCCCGAAAGCGGACGUCGUGGUCGUCAAUAACAAGGUCUUCGAGGAAACUCUCAAUGCAGCCUUGCGUCCUAAAUUUCUAGACUUAAAGGAAGGGGCCGUCGUCAUAUCUAUGAAACCGUUUGUCCAGCCAAACGCUCGAGUGACAGAACGCAACGUGGACGAUAUCUGCGCCAUAUUCGACGUGGAAGAGCGACCGUAUCAUUCGGGUGACGUUUCGUGGGGGAGUAGUGGCGGUACUUAUUAUAUCCACAGAGUGGACCGUAUGGGGUAUGCAAGCAUAAGGGAACGGUUCGAAAAUGCGCGGGCGAGGAGUGUGAGAGCUGGGCGACGGUAG